AUGAGUAAAAUAGUAGGUAUUACUAUUAACGACUCUAAAGUUUAUUUCUCAGUAAUAGAAGGCUCAUAUCCAACGUGUGAAAGAAUUAGACCAGUAGAUUUAGCUAUAUCUUUUCAUGAUGGAAAAUUAAAUUUUUUUUCUGAUGCAUUAAAUGCCAAAUCGUGUAUUUCAUCAUUAAUAGAUAUUAGAUCCCUUAAAAAUAAAAUAGAACAAGAUAAUAAUUGUCGUAAAAUUGUUUCAGAUGAGUAUGAGAUAUGGGUUUUAUUAAUGAAACAAAUGAAUGAGCAUAUUAAAGAUCAAUUAAAUUGUUCAGAAGAGUUACAGUAUAUUAUUGCAAUUCCAGAAAAUUCACUUGAAUCAUUUAGAGAUGUUAUUUCUAUUGCCUGUAAAGUAAAUCAAAUGAAAUUACUUAGAAUUAUUACUGUAGAUUGUUGUAGUAUUUUAGGGUAUACUACAACUGUAACAGAGUUUUAUCCAAAAGCUGAUGAAUGUAAUAAUAAACUUAUAUUAGGUGUUAAUUUAGAUGAUUUUCAUACUUCUAUAACGACGUAUUUUGUUUCAAGAACAGUUGCUAUUAAAAUUAAUGAGGUAAGUUGUAGUAUCGGACAAAGAGAUUUUCUUUCAUUAGUAGCAAAUAUUCUUAAUAUUAAUAACGAUGAAGUUACAUUAAAUAGUGAUAUCGAUAGUUGGAACUAUAAAUACAGAAAAGUUGCUGAACCAAUUUAUGAUGUUAUUAAUAGAUUUUCUGAUUCUAAUAUUACACAGACAUAUUAUAGUAAUGAUGAUGGAGAAUCUAUUGAAGUUACUAAAGAACAAUUAAAAGAGUCAUUUAAAAAUUUUAUUAAAGUAUUAGGUGAUUUAGUUAAAGACUCAAUAACAAAAACAAAACAAAUCAUUAAAGAUAUUAAAUUUAUAAAUGUUAUUGAUGCGUCAAAAAAUUGUGUUGUUCAAUCUCAAUUAGAAGAUAUGAAACAAUUAGAAAUUACUGGUUUAUAUUUAUGUGGAGAACAUAAAAAUUCAUUUAUUAAUAGAGAAAUUGAACAAAUAGUUGGUGUUAGUGGUGAACCUUCAGUUAACCAAAAAAAAAUUAAUGCACAAGGUUGUGGUUGGUAUGUACGUAAAACAGAAUGGAAAGGAAUGACUGGUAAAGAAUUACUAUCAUUUGAAGACUUUAAUAAAUGUGUUUCAAUAGACACAGUGAUUCAACCAAAUCAACUUUAUAUUCAGAGCGUUCAAAACAAUCAAAAAAUUGAAGUAAUUAAUACUCCACAAUUAGCAUCUGAUUUAAUUAAACUUCCACCAUUAGACCAAGGAGUAUACAAAAUUUUAUUUAAAAAAGUAGAGUAUGACUAUGAAAGCACAAGGUCAGAAAUAGACAUAUGUAUUGGUGAAUUUACUGUUCAAGAUAAGAGUGAUGUAUUAAAACUAGGUAUUCAAAAAUUUAUAAACAACUUUCAAGGAGUUGUUGGCUGUUUUUGUGCUGAUGAAUCUUCUGAUUUUCUUCUAGAAAAAGGAUGUGAGUGUUGUGAAAGGGAUCCAAAAACAUAUGGACCCACUGGAAAAGAAUUUGGUGUAUCAUUAUUCUCUAGUUGUAGUGUUGGAGAUGAAGAUGUGGAUUUGGUAUGGAAAGAAAUAGAAGAAUGUAAUGGCAUUGAAGAAAUAGAAAAAUAUUCUGAGAUUACAUCAACUAGUAAAAGUAUUGAUACUCAAAAAUAUUUAGGUGUUUUUGAAAAACAAAAAGCUCAACUGGAAAGAGUUGAAAAAGCGUCUGAAAUUGCUUCAAAGAUUAGAAACACUGAAAUGAAAGAUCUUAUUCAAGUUGUUGGUGAAAAGUAUAAAAGAGAAAUUAUAAGGGAAGUUAACAGGCUUAUUCAAGCCAAUAGAGACAACCCUGAUGAUCUUCAAAAUAAAUGGGCUGACAUAGUUAGUCGUUAUCAAAGUAAAUGA